AUGUUUAUAAUAUGGUUUGCAUUGCUGGUAUUUAUAGCUCAAGACUGCUCUUCUCAAGAUGACGGAGGACCCUAUCAAGGAAAAUUCAUAGGCAAGCUGAAUUCAUAUCAUCAUCAGGUGUCUGGUGAUGUGUAUGCUAUAGACGAUUGGACAGUUCUACUCAUAAACUUUAACUAUGAUGGUACUGGAGACGAUACAUUCUUUUGGGCAGGAGACUCAGGCCGUCCCGGCCCACAAGGCUUUAUCAUACCUGAUGAGUAUGGCAAGACAAACAUCUUAGAGCGUUACAACAAUGCGGAUGUUCGAUUACGGUUGCCAGAGGGGAAGCGUAUAUCGCGUAUUAAAUGGCUGGCCGUUUACGACGUGAACACUCAGAAUGCAUUCGGUGAUGUUUACGUACCCGACGACUUCGAGGCUCCUUCACCGCGUAACGUAGGAGCGAUGGCGGCUGCGCCUGGAGUCUCGAUCUCCAGCAAGCCCGUCCGUUUCCUGGAUGCAUGCACCUUCGUCAUUCCGGAAUUCCGAUACGACGGCAGCGGAGAAGAAGUGUACUUCUGGACUGGGGUUGGUCCGCAACCUUCUUCUAGAGGUACCAUCAUACCCAACGAAUAUGGAUAUCUAGAACCGCUACGCGCGUAUAACGGCGAGGACGUCCAACUGGAGUUGCCGGGCGGACGAACAGUGUUCGAGGUAGACUGGGUCGCCGUGUGGGACGCGCGAGAGAAGACCGCGCUCGCCUCCGUGCUGCUGCCCGCCGGGCUCAACGUGCCGCCCGCCACGCUCGUCAUACACCCGCACCGAUCUAAACUACCGCAUUGCAAACAACUACACAGAGAUUAUCAAGUCUCAUGGGAAGUAUUCGGAAACCAAAUAACUAUACAGCUCGCUGCACAGAUUGGCCCAAACGACUACAUGGCGUUCGGGAUAUCUGGUAACGACACGCGUUCGCAGAUGUUAGGAGCGGACGUGGCGGUCGCUUACUUCAACACCACGCUUCAGCAGGGAGUCGCCGGCGAUUAUAAUAUUACUGCUCUCGCACCGUGCGUACGAGUACUGGGACAGUGGGUGGGCGUGUGCCACGACGAACGCAGCGGCGGCCUUAACAACCACCAGUUGUUCAGCGCCAGCAGGGAGGACGGGCUCACCCUGCUCACCUACCGGCGCAGUCUGCAGCCGGACGAGGCAAUGGACCGUGCGUGGAACACCGAAGGUCCACAGUACGUCGUGUGGGCCAUCGGUUCUUUGGACCACGAGGGUGAACCCUCCUACCACAGGCUCUAUCACCGCUCGGAUGUCGUGGUGAAACUGAUGGAGAAUCCCCCCGAGAACGACUGCUUUGAUUUUGUCAUCGGGGAGCGCGCGGGUGUGCGCGCGUGGGAGCGCGCCGAGCUGUUCGACCCGGCGCUGCGCGUGUUCCGCUUCGCGCUCGGCCCGGCCGGAGGGGCGCGCGGGCUGGCGGGGCGCGGGGGGAGCGGGCCCGCGCUCGCCUGGUACGUGAACGGGCAGCUGGCGCCCGACCUGCAGCUGCGUCGCGGCCUGCACUACACCUUCCGCGUGUCCGGCGGCAACGAGCCGCAUUCGGCCACCGAGUACCACCCGCUGGUGGUGACGCCAGAGCCGCACGGCGGCCUGGAGCGCCUCGCCGACAGCGAGCAGCGCCGCGUGCGCGUGCUCGCCGGCGCGCGCGCCACGCGCCGCGGCCUCAGCCCCGACGCCGCCGGCCCGCUGUGCCUCGCCACGCGCCCGCCAGGGGCGGACCCGCGGCUGGACGUGACGUUCACGACGUUCCGCGCGUUCAACCGCUCGCUGCGCUGGAGCUGCGCGCCCGGCGCGCCCGCCGACCUGCGCCUGGCGCCCGACUCCUCCUGGCCCGACCGCGUCUACUACCACUCCUUCACGCACGCCGACAUGGGCGGGCGCAUCUUCGUGGUGGACAAGCACCGCCGCAACAUCGCCCGCAGCGCCGCGCGCCGCGCGAGCCCGCUCGCCGCAGCACUCGCGCCAGCACUCGCACUCGCACUCGCGCUCAGCUCGCUGCCGUGA